UCCACCACACUGCGAGGCAGACAGGCUGUGCUCCAACUUCAGGCUCUAGGUGUUGCCUCCCAGCAUCCCAGAUGGAUUUCAGUCGUCGGAGUUUUCACAGAAGUACGAGUUCCUCCUCACAAGGCCCGGCACUCAGCGUGAGUGGCUCCCUGUACAGGAAGGGAAGCAUGAAGCGCCUGGGGGCUGCGCCCAGCGUCUACGGUGGAGCCGGAGGCCACGGCACUCGGGUCUCCGUCUCCAGGUCAGUAGUGAACUACGGGAGCGACCUCUCCAGUGGAGGGGACCUGUUUGGUGGCAAUGAGAAGCUGGCUAUGCAGAACCUCAACGACCGGUUGGCAAGCUACCUAGAAAAAGUGCGCCUUCUGGAGCAGUCCAAUGGCAGACUUGAAGCCCAGAUCAAGCAGUGGUAUGAAACCAAUGCGCCCAGCACCGUCCGGGACUAUGGUCCCUAUUACACACAAAUCAAAGAGCUGCAGAAUCAGAUUAGGGGCUCGCAAAUACAAAAUGCCCGCUUAGUCCUGCAAAUCGACAAUGCCAAGCUGGCCGCGGAGGACUUCAGGUUGAAGUUUGAGGCCGAGAGGGCGAUGCGUGUAACGGUGGAAGCUGAUCUCCAAGGCCUGGGCAAGGUUUUUGACGACCUGACCCUUCAAAAGACAGACUUGGAAAUUCAGAUUGAGGAGCUGAACAAAGACCUGGCCGUCCUCAGGAAAGAACAUGAAGAGGAAGUCGAGGCCCUUCGCCGGCAGCUGGGCAACACUGUCAACGUGGAGGUAGACGCGGCUCCAGGCCUGAACCUGGGAGAGAUCAUGAACGAGAUGAGACAGAAAUAUGAAGUUCUGGCCCAGAAGAACCUGCAGGAGGCCAAAGAACAGUUUGAGAGACAGAGUGAAGCUUUGCAGCAACAGGUCACGGUGAACACCGAGGAGCUGAAAGGGACCGGGGUGCAGGUCACUGAGCUGAGACGCACCUACCAGAACCUGGAGAUAGAGCUGCAGUCACAGCUUGGCAUGAAAGAGUCUCUGGAGCGCACCCUGGAAGACACAGAGGCUCGGUACGCCAGGCAGUUGGCAGCCAUCCAGGGGAUGCUGAGCUCCCUGGAGGCCCAGCUGAUGCAGGUCCGGGCUGACAUGGAGCGCCAGAACCAAGAAUACAAUAUCCUCCUCGACAUAAAGACCCGGCUAGAGCAGGAGAUCGCCACCUACCGCCGCCUGCUGGAGGGAGAAGAUGUAAAAAGUACAGAGUUCCAGCUGAGCACUUUGGAAUCGAGGGAUAUCAAGAAAACCAGGAAGAUUAAGACGGUCGUGCAGGAAGUGGUGGAUGGCAAGGUCGUGUCCUCCGAAGUCAAGGAAGUAGAAGAGAAUGUAUAACCAGCUGCCAGCAGGGAGGCUGCGCCAGCCCCGGGCACCAGAAAACAUCAGUUCUGCUCGGUGAUUACAAGGUGGGAGGGGAGUGUACUUCUCGGUCUCUGUAAUUAGCUACAAAUGUCUUCACUCUGAGGAGCUGUACGCUGCCUGCGAGGUUGAGCCCAGCGAGUUCUAGAAUACUUAAGCCAUCCUCACUGCCAUCUCCAUCGCAAGGCACACCCAUCACAGGCCAGUUCAAUCAGACCAAAACUCUCGGGUGGAGGAGCUCAAGCAAGUUGCAAAUAAACCUCUCUGUGUCCGGG